AUGCCGGCAUAUCACUCAUCCUUCAACGAAGAGGCCGACGUGCGGCUCGUUGGAAACUUGUCUCUGCUGCCCUUCAAAUCCAAAAUCAGAGGACCUGCACCGAUAGCUGAUCCAAACUCUGUCGAUAUUAUCGACGAGACACUCGAUCUCUUCCGCGCAAACUCGCUCUUCCGAAACUUUGAGAUCAAAGGUCCGGCAGAUCGUCUACUCAUCAUUCUUAUCCUCUUCAUUUCCGACUGCCUGGCCAAAAUCGCCGCAUCGCGCGUGCCACCGUCGCAGAUAGAGGCCACCAAGACGCUGAACACGUUGGCUGUGGACAAUUUCCCUAUACCAGGAGACGCCAAUUUCCCACUAAACGCCCACUAUGCUACGCCCGCAAACAGAAUCGAGGCCGGUGAGUACGCGCAGUCUCCCCGUCUUGCAUCGCCCGCAGUUGGACUUGUUCUUCUAACGUUUGAUUUUGCCUUUUAG